AUGGGAAUCUGGAAUAACUAUGAAAAACACACUGAAAUAAUUGUUGACUGGAACAAAAUUCUUGCAAAGUCCCCAAGGAUGAGAUUCUGUGCCAAAUCAAUGCUUCUAUCUGACUGGCUCUUUCUGGUCUAUGUGUUAAUGGUCUGCUGUAAAUUGUUGUCCGCCUCUAGCCACCAUCCCCGGGGGCACACAGGCCAGCACCAAGUCAAGCAAGGGACAUGCGAAGUUGUGGCCGUGCAUCGUUGCUGUAAUAAGAACCGGAUUGAAGAACGAUCGCAAACAGUCAAGUGUUCCUGCUUCCCAGGGCAGGUGGCUGGUACAACAAGGGCUCAGCCCUCGUGUGUGGAAGCUUCCAUAGUCCUGCAGAAGUGGUGGUGUCAUAUGAAUCCCUGUUUGGAUGGAGAGGACUGUAAAGUACUACCAGACUAUUCAGGUUGGUCUUGCAGCAGUGGAAAUAAAGUCAAAACCACAAAG